CGCCUCUCCGGAGAUGGUCUGAGGUGGGAGAAGAGCUGAAGAGACCUGGAGCCGACAGACGGGUCUGGGUCUGCCACCCAGGAUGGAGUACAAUGGUGUGAUCUUGGCUCUUUGCAACCUCUGCCUCCUGGGCUCAAGCCAUCCUCCCACCUGAACCUCCCAAGUAGCGGGACUACAGGGUGAAGGCCAUGCCGCCUCCUGGGAAAGUUCCCCGGAAGGAGAAUCUGUGGCUACAGUGUGAGUGGGGGUCCUGUUCCUUUGUGUGCUCCGCCAUGGAAAAGUUCUUUGAGCAUGUCACUCAGCACCUGCAGCAGCACCUGCAUGGCUCUGGGGAGGAGGAGGAAGACGAAGAGGAGGAUGAGCCACUUGAGGAAGAAUUCUCCUGCUUGUGGCAGGAAUGUGGCUUUUGUUCUCUGGACAGUUCUGCUGACCUCAUCCGCCAUGUCUACUUCCACUGCUACCACACCAAGCUGAAACAGUGGGGGCUGCAGGCCUUGCAAAGCCAGGCUGACCUUGGCCCCUGCAUCCUGGACUUCCAGAGCCGGAACGUCAUCCCUGAUAUCCCUGACCACUUCCUGUGUCUGUGGGAGCACUGUGAGAAUUCCUUCGACAAUCCUGAGUGGUUUUAUCGGCAUGUGGAAGCACACAGUCUGUGCUGUGAAUAUGAAGCAGUCGGCAAGGACAACCCGGUGGUGCUGUGUGGUUGGAAAGGCUGUACCUGCACCUUCAAGGACCGCAGUAAACUUCGGGAGCACCUCCGCAGCCAUACCCAGGAGAAAGUGGUAGCCUGCCCCACCUGUGGGGGCAUGUUUGCCAACAAUACCAAGUUCUUAGAUCACAUCCGUCGCCAGACCUCAUUGGAUCAGCAGCACUUCCAGUGUUCUCACUGUUCCAAGAGAUUUGCCACAGAGCGGCUGUUGCGGGACCACAUGCGCAACCAUGUGAAUCACUAUAAGUGCCCUCUGUGUGACAUGACCUGCCCGCUGCCUUCCUCCCUCCGCAACCACAUGCGCUUUCGUCACAGUGAGGACCGGCCCUUUAAAUGUGACUGUUGUGACUACAGCUGCAAGAAUCUUAUUGACCUCCAGAAGCACCUGGAUACCCACAGCGAGGAGCCAGCCUACAGGUGUGAUUUUGAGAACUGCACCUUCAGUGCCCGAUCCCUCUGCUCUAUCAAGUCACAUUACCGCAAAGUACACGAAGGAGACUCUGAGCCAAGGUACAAAUGUCAUGUGUGUGACAAAUGCUUCACACGGGGCAACAACCUCACCGUGCACCUUCGCAAGAAGCACCAGUUCAAGUGGCCCUCAGGGCAUCCCCGUUUUCGACCUUUUUUGUCUUCAACUCCUGUCACCUGGAAUCCAGGACUUCUUCCAUCCCUCAUGUUUGUUCCUUACUUUGCCAGCCUCGGCCAUUUCUGUAUCCCCCUGCCUGGGUUUGCUGCCCUUUAUGCUCCUGCCUCACCAGGUACAAGGAACAUGAAGAUGGCUAUAUGCGGCUGCAGCUGGUUCGCUACGAGAGUGUAGAGCUGACACAGCAACUGCUGCGGCAACCACAAGAGGGAUCGGGCCUGGGAACAUCGCUGAACGAGAGCAGCCUGCAGGGCAUUAUUCUAGAAACAGUGCCAGGGGAGCCAGGACGUAAGGAAGAGGAAGAGGAGGGCAAGGGUGGCGAAGGGACAGCCCUCUCAGCCUCUCAGGACAACCCCAGUUCUGUCAUCCACGUGGUGAAUCAGACCAAUGCCCAAGGCCAGCAAGAGAUUGUCUACUAUGUGCUGUCUGAAGCCCCAGGGGAGCCUCCCCCAGCGCCUGAGCCACCUUCAGGGGGCAUCAUGGAAAAGCUUCAAGGAAUAGCUGAGGAGCCAGAGAUCCAGAUGGUUUGAAGGCCGCAGAGCCAGACCAUUUCUUCCCCAGGUCCUGGAGUUUGAGCCAGGCAAGUGGCAGUGCCCCUAGUGGGCAGCCGUUGCCAAUGGAUGCCUUUAGGAGUGGUGCCGAGAGCAGUGUGGUCCACUCUGGCCCGGGUUUGCAUCAUUCUACAGACUCUAAAGACUUCCUUUUUCUGCCAGACUGCAUUUUGUGGGGAGCCUGAGGACUUUGGAUUCUUUGAGGGGAUACUGGAUGUGUGUGUUCUUGUUAAAGAGGCUGUUAUCAGGCUUAACCAUAACCCUCAAGACAUGCUUGACGGUGAUUAAGUCCUUAGCUCACAUCCAUUCCCAUCUUUUGGGCUCCUUAGGCCCAAGGAUGGCGUGUGACUGGUCCCUACAAGGGUCCUUUCUUUGUCACCAGCCAAGGCACUGAGAACCAAGUAGCCAUUUUCCUCUUAAGGUUUCCUCUACAACCCCAAGGACUUUCAUGAUUAUCCUCAGGGACAGGAUUAGAGGCAUUGAGCGUGUUUAUUAACAAAUUGUUUUUGGUAAUAAAAGAAAUGCUUGGACUCUUA